UUUUUUUGAGAUCGUAGUUGUUGAUGGCGAAUCAUUCAUGGUCAAACGGUGAUAUGAAUCACCAAAGGGAUGCUCUUGGUAUCGCCAUGAAUUGGAGCUCUGAAGAACAGGCCAUUCUCGAAGAUGCUCUUGUUAGGUAUUCGUCAGAACCGAGUCCGAGUAUCUCACGUUACGCAAAAAUAGCGUCAGAGCUUCAGCACAAGACCGUUAGAGAUGUUGUUAUGCGUUGCAGAUGGACAAACAAAAAGAGAAGAAAAUUAGAAGAUCAUAAUGGGUUGGGAGGAGCCAAUGUUGACAACAAGGAGAGUAUAGAUAUGGCGGUGGCUUCAAACUCAGCUCCACAUCUUCUUAGAGAAGAAGAUGGGAUCAUCAUUGAGCUUCUUAAACAAAAUGAGCUAUUCCUCAAUCAGAUCCAUGCAAAUCUCACAUCCUCCUCAAUGUUAAAAGAGAACUUAACACUGUUCUACAAAACGCGCCAAAACAUCAAGAACCUUCUCAAAAACUUGCAGGAGAAUGCGCCAGAGCCGAUGAAGCGUAUGCCGUGGCCGGAGAAACUGAGUGAUGAUCAUGAUGAGCUACUUGAUUCAAUCCUUGAUCUCUCAGCUUCACCAAAGCAACCAUGAAUUAACAAGAUUCUUUUGUUUUUUUUUGUUUCUCUUCAGUUUUUAGGUUUUGUUGUUUUUUUUUUCAGUAGAGACCCUAACGUAGAACACAAGUUUAGAUCUUUUAAUUAGCAAUCAAGAACUUUUGA